AUGACUGAACCUUUGGGAGGUAAAAAUAGACCUGGUCGUGAUAUUAUUUACCCUGUACCUAAUCAGUACCUACCUCCCACAAAUUUAGUAGAUUACCCAAGCCAUCCUCUUUUGAAUUCUAAUUUAUUUGAAAAUCCCCUAUGUGGUGAUGCUAGGCAAUUGUUCACUAUCCAAGAUCCUGCACAACUACAAGACUCUAUGACUUCUACAGCUCUAGUUGGAAAGUUAAUGAGUAUGUGUAGUCAAGAAGAGGUUAUUGAUAAACAAAAGACAUCUACAGCUAAUGAUUUAGAAAGGCUGCCUGGAGUUUUUAUAGAAGGUGAUAUUGAAGCAAGAAUAGUAAAUCCAAAUUUGGCAGUGAAAAGUUUUCAAAGAUCGGAUGCAUCACGUGUAUUUCAUGCAUCUUUAGUUCGUCCAGUUUUAUGGUGUAGAAGAGUAGUUCGAAGUUUAAUAACUUAUUUUAUUGAUGCUGAUCAUUUAAAAUUACCAUAUUUAUAUCCAAGAGUAAAUAGUAUUACUAAUUCAAGUCCUUUGGGUUAUCAGUAUAUUGAUAUUUACAACUUUUUAAGAGAUAGACUGAGAGCAGUGUGGCAAGAUUUAACUGUACAACAUGCUAAUAAGCACAGAGGAUUUUUGGAAAGUUUUGAAGUUUCAUUUCGUUUUUUAGUAUUAUCUGAAGAAUUACUAUGUAAUAUUAAGGAAUUUAAUUCAGUACAAAAUGGUUCACUUAUGUCAACUUGCUUAGAUAAAUUAAUGUCUGGAUAUAAUGAUGUUCAUUAUUUUUAUUCGCGUACUACAAAUAAUUCGAUAAAUGAUAAACUUUUGCAUAUAAUUGCUUAUGUAUCUCCAUUUGAAGCUGAAUUCUGGUGUUAUCGUAUUUUAACAAGUAUGAGUUUAAAUUCACGUGGGACUUGUGAUACAAGGAUAAUAGAUAUUAUAGCUCGAAUAAAUCCAAUGAUUAAGGAUCAUAUUUUAAUAAAACUCAGUUUAGAAAUUCACCAAGCCUUCCGGUUGGGUAAUGCAGUUAGAUACUUUAAAUACCUUGAAAAUUGUCUUACCUUAUUUAAAUGGAUAAUACAGGAUAAAUUACAAAGUGAAGGAGAAAUGAAUAUAUUUUAUAACUACAAACAUUGUCUUAUUCUUAUUGUAAUAUUACUAAAGAAAUAUUCAAAUGUUGUUAGGGUUAGAUAUCUUAAUGCAUUACUAUCUUCUCAUUUACUAAGGAGACAAGGAAUGCCAGUUCAUAUAUUUUUUAAACAAUUUGGAUUUUAUUUAGAAGAUAUUCAAGCUUUUAAAGUAUUUUGCCAGAAAUUUAAUAUAUCAUUGAUUCAAAGGAUAAUAAAGGUUGUUGUUCCUAUUCAGUCUAUUCAAUCAAUUGAUGAAGUCACUGAUAAUUCUUCCUUAAUUGUUUCAUUUGCAUCUACAACUAUUCCAAAUAUUGAAUCAUUAGAUAGAUUACGACUAACUCAAUUUCCUUCACCAAUUAUUGAAAAACUCUUGGAUACUUCUAUUAUUUCUCGACGUGAUAUAUUAGAUCCUAUAUUUGAUCAUUCUAAAGAAACUCAAUUAUAUGAUAUUUAUACAUGUACACUUGCUAGAAAAUUACCAGUUAUAAAUUUUAAGAGAGAAGCUUCAGAUAUUAGUAUGACUCAUAAAUCUGAAAUAAUUAAGAGUUCAGCUCAAUUAGAUAACUCAAUAAAUAAUAAUACUGCAUUUUUAAAUAAACCUGAGAAUCUUUCCAAAAACCUCUUAAAUUCCCUAAAUUCUCAGCAAAUGGAGAUGUCUAAUGAGCCUAAUACUAAGAAUCAAUUUUUAAAUAAUCUUAAUAUUAUGCAAAAUCCCUCUUAUUCAUCCAGAUUAAAUUUAUCAGAUAAUAAAGAUUCAUCUAUGACUCAAAAUCCAAUUUCAAACAAAUUAGAUGAAACAAAUAUGCAAGAUACUCAUACAGGUAUGGAUUUUCUUGCUGAAGAAUCUAAAUCCAUACAAAUAAACCAAGUUCAUUCACAUAGUAAGGAAACAUAUAAUCCUAGUGAAGUAAAAAACCCAAGAAAAAGAAGUUUAUCUUCAUUUGACGAAAGUAAUGAACAAUUCGAUAAUUAUGAUUCAGGUUUUAACAUAUUGCAUAAAAAAAAACUUAUGGGAGAUGAAUACUUAGUAUCUUUUAGUAAUGAGUCAUUUUUAUUGGAAGAAAAAGAUAAUACUGAGGAAAUAAUCUCUUCUACAUAUUUGAAAGGUAAUAUAGACUCACUUAAUAAACAAACAUUAUCUUCUAUUGGAUUUCAAUCUAUAAAUACUAAUAUAUUAAAGGAUAAACCAGAACAAACUGAAAAUAAGUCUAAAUCUUCUGUUACUUCAACAUCUAAUUUUUAUUUUGAGGAUGGUGUGAUUGGGAUUUCUAAAUGGAAGAAGCUAAGAAAUAAUCCAAUUCAAUCAAAUGAAUCAUCUAAAGCGACAAUACAUACUGAAGAUAUGUCUAAUUCAUCUAUUAGAGAUACUAUGAUCAAUUCUAUAUUAUUGGAGGGUGACUUGUCAUUACCAAUAUUACCACAUUUACCAAUAUCGCCUUGUCGUAUUGAUACAAUACUCUCCGCAAGUAUAAUUCACUUUAUGGAUACAUUAAGAGAUUUGUCUUUAGAUAUCAAAUCUAUCCUAUUUAGUUAUUGUUUAAUAUUUAGUGAUAUCGAGAAAAAUCAGAAUAUAUCACGAUCUCAUAAGAUUUGUCACUACAAUUUUUAUACAACAGUACAGAUGAUGAUUAGUGGAGUGACUUUUUGUGACAUUUCAAAUGACUUAGAUUUGGAAAUUGAAGUACCUUGGGUAUCGGAAGCUACUGAAUCUAUUAAAGAUCAAUAUAUUAAUAAUAUAGAGAUUGUCGACAUCUUGAAUAUUCAAUAUAAUAAGUAUAAUAUAAGAGAUAUUACUGAUAUAAAUGAAAAGAUAUUAUGCUAUCCAUAUGUUACUCCUAGCUAUCCUAAUUUUUGUAUAUUGCCAAUAGUACCAGAUGUUAUUAUAGAAGACAAAGUUAGUAUAUUUGAUGAAAAUAAUAUUUACAACUUUAUAGAAAGAAAUCCAAUAAAUAUUAGUCUAUCUUUCCUGUGGAAAUUUAAACCAAAGGGAACCUUACGAAAUCAUUGUAUAAGUAGGAGCGAAUUAAAAGAUUGUAAUUUUAAUAAAGAUGAAAUUUUAACAACAAGUCAAAACAUAAUUUGGAUACUACCCUUUCCAUUGGGAAUUAUGAAGGAAACUGAUUCAGAUAUAAUUGGUGAGUACUUAAUGAAUUCCUUAGCUUCAUUUGUCGUAAACCCAUAUAAGGAGUCAAUGAGUUUAAAAGCUGAAUUUACAAAUUUGAAAAAUACAUGCAAUAUUGUAAAACGUGCUGAAUAUAAUGGACCUGUUUGGAGACAUGUAAAGAUAACAUUAGCAUUUGCAGCUUAUAUACCGAAAACAAAGACUGCGAAUAUUGAACAUAAUUAUAUUUAUAUAAAGGAUUUAGAAGAUGCCUUAUUAAAUAAUAUUUACUCAUUAUGUCAUGAUAAGGAUGACUUUGUAAUAUCUUCAUAUUGUUUCAAGUCAAAGGGUCCAUUAAAAUUUAUGUCUUUCCUUCCAGGUUCAUUAUGUAAAUUUGAUACUAAGUGCAUUGGAUUUGCUUCAUUGGACUUCUUUAAUAUCCCUUAUACUUUAUUUUAUCCAGGUAUUAAAGAUCUAUUUAGUGAUAUAGAUUACUUUAAAGUUGAAAGAUAUAUAGACAAAUUGGUAAUGUAUAAAACUGAUAUAAUUAGCAUAAACGUUUCAUCAAGUUCAUUUAUUCGAACAAUAUGGUUACAAGCAUACCUAAAUAAUAUUCGGAAUGACUCUUCAAACAGUCAAUUUCCUAAUAGAUUAAUUGGCUCUAUAAUGGAUGGAUUUUACAAAUGUUUCUGUCUCUUUAUGGAUGACAAAAUUAAUUGGUUACUAAUUUGGAAAUAUUCUGCAAGUGAAUGGGAAUCAAUCAUUAUUUGGAUACAUGAAUUAGCUAUUUACUUCUACAAUAAAUCAGAAGAUUUUGAACAUAAUCAGUUGAAUAAAUUUGAAUAUACUACUGCUAAUAGUUCUGCCAAAUUAGCUAAAAAUUUACUUGAACAAUUUGAUAUCUGGAUUGAGAAGAGCUGUGAAGAUUGGCAUAACGACACUUGCCUACCUUCAUAUAUUUGUUUUCCAGAAAAUGUAUGGAAUAUUCUUAGUGAAGGAGUCUCCCCUAUAUCAAAUUUACACAGUAUGAUGCCAAUUGUUAAUUUAAUAGCGAGCACAUAUACAAAUAUACAAGUUCACAACUCAAAAGUAGCAAGUACACAACAAGAAUCUUAUAACUUCCAAAGUUCCAUAGCUGAUGAAUUACUCAAUUUUAAACGUUUAAAACAAAAAGUUAGUGAAAAACUUCUAAAUAUAUUGUCAAGGCAGAAAAGUUAA